GCCAUCGCAGUUCAAUUCCGGCUGCCGAGCCUUUUCACCCUUUUUUCUGUCUUCAAAUGGAAAUGAUUUCCAUUGGCCCAAGGUGUCCAUGUAAAUAGGUGUAAAUGAAACCAGAUUAUGCCUUCCUCCCUCCCUCCCGCCCGCCCGCCUCCGCCUCCUGCUCCCUCUCCACCUCCUCCUCCUCCUCCCAUGGCAAUUGUCAUGUGAUAGCAAAGAGGUGGCACAUUAAUGGAAGCGCCUCGGCGGGGGUCUUUUCUGCUCAUGUCACUACAUAAAACUAUCAGAUGGUUCGAGGAGGGCCAUGGAGGCAUCAUCCACUUAGUCCGGGACGCCCCGAUGAAGUCUUGUGAGCUCCUCUAGCGGGACUAGCCGAGAAAAGACGUCCAAGCAAAGCCUUCGACGUGUCGGCGCACAGGCUGGGAAAACAACUCCUGCAUGAAGAAACUCGCACCAAGGAAUUAAGGGUGACUACUUGUUUUUGUUUUGUUUUUUUGCGCGUGUUUUUUUCGGGGGCGGGGGUUGAAAACUAUAGCGAAGGAUGCCUCGUCCGGGGAGAAACACGUACAGCGACCAGAAGCCGCCGUAUUCGUACAUCUCUCUGACGGCCAUGGCCAUCCAGAGCUGCCCGGAGAAGAUGCUCCCGUUGAGUGAAAUCUACAAGUUCAUCAUGGAUCGCUUCCCUUACUACCGAGAAAAUACGCAGCGGUGGCAGAACUCGCUGAGGCACAACUUGUCCUUCAACGACUGCUUCAUCAAAAUCCCCCGGCGCCCCGACCAGCCGGGCAAAGGCAGCUUCUGGGCGCUGCACCCCAGCUGCGGGGACAUGUUCGAAAACGGCAGUUUCUUGAGACGUCGCAAACGCUUCAAGGUGCUGGGCGCUUCCGACCACCUGGCCCCCAGCAAGCAGUCCGACGCCGCCCACUACCUCCAGCAGCAGGCCAAGCUGCGGCUGAGCGCGCUGCAGGCGGCCACCGGCACGCACCUGCCCCAGAUGUCCACCUACAACCUGGGCGUGUCCCAGACCUCCACCUUCAAGCACCCGUUCGCUAUCGAGAACAUCAUCGCCAGAGAGUAUAAAGUCCCCGGGAGCUUGGCCUUCUCCACCAUGCAGUCCAUGUCGGCCGGCUACCCGCUGCACAACCAGCUCACCACGGCCUGGCCGCACAUGUACAACAGCGGCGUGAUGGACACGGCGGCGCCCAUCUCCAUGGCGCCGAGCGACUACAGCGCCUACGGUGUGCCCAUAAAGUCGCUGUGUCACGGGGCGCAGACUCUACCGGCCAUCCCGGUGCCCAUCAAGCCCACGCCCACCUCCAUGGCCGGCUUCUCGGCGCUCCCGCACCACCUGCCCGCUUUCCUGUCCAACUCGCCGCAGUCCCUGAGCCCGACCUCCCCACAGACUGCCACCAGCCAAAGCAGCCCCGCCACCCCCAGCGAGACGCUCACCAGCCCGGCCACGCUCCAGUCGGUGGCCGUGCACUGACCAAAUGGACCCUCGCCACCCGUCAGACAAAACGAACUGCUGGUAGCGAACCCAAAGUUUAUAUGUCUGUGUCAUACGUCGGACUCUAUUCAAGGCGAGUUGUUUAUUGAUUCACUCGUGUAGUAUAUGUUCAAUGUGUCGCUUUAAACCGUGUCCUGAAAAACAGAAACAUUCAGCACAGAAUCUCUUAUUGCUCUUCGAGAAAGUAUAAAUUAUUUGAAAAGUUCUCAUUAACGUGUUGAAGGCGGAGUUUUUGUAAGGCCCCUCAUGAGGACGUUUCCGUUUUAUACUCGCAAAACUUUUGCACACUUUUCUGUGCGGCUGAGAUGACACCGACGCUUUCCUCUAAAAAAAAAAAAAAAAAUAGUGAUGGGCCAGGGUACACCAAAUAGGUUCGAUUUCCCUGUUUUAAAAAAAAAAAAAAACCUCCAAAAAGAGAGAACCAUUCCAAUAUCGAAAA